GUGGGGGUGGUGGUGGUUGUUUGUUCGAUAGGAUUUGGAUUUGGAUUUGGAUUUUGGAUAUUUAUUUGAACUUCAAAAUCAUCUUCCUCCAAUCCUUUUCUCUGUAUUAUCCAUCCAUCAAAUCGCCCUAAUCCACGUUUUCCCGCCAGCUUGCUGUAUUGAAUUUGUUCGUCUCAAUCUUUUUGCCCAAUUCGUUCGCUCUGCAAGGCCGUAUCAAUUACCAACUAUGCAGCAAGGUGAAGAUGGACGGCCGAAGCCUUCAGCAGCAGCAGCAGCGUCGUCUUCAUAUGACGAGGCAAUGGAAUCCCUUUCGUCUCUCAUCACUAAACGCAGUCGUGCGGACAAGAGCAACCAUGGCGACCGCUUUGAAUUAAUGUCUGAUUAUCUCAAGAUAAUGGACUUGGAAGAGCCGAUUUCAAAGUUGAAGGUUAUUCAUGUAGCUGGUACAAAGGGGAAGGGCUCAACCUGUGUUUUCUCCGAAUCAAUAUUACGAAAUUGUGGUUUUCACACUGGGCUAUUCACAUCUCCUCAUCUCAUUGAUGUCAGAGAAAGAUUUCGACUCGAUGGUGCGGACAUAUCUGAGGAGAAGUUUUUGACAUACUUCUGGUGGUGUUGGCAUAGAUUGAAGGAAAGAUGUAGUGAUGAUCUACCAAUGCCAUCUUAUUUUCGCUUCCUUGCGUUGCUUGCCUUCAAGAUUUUCUGUGAAGAGCAAGUAGAUGUUGCCAUUUUGGAGGUUGGUUUAGGUGGAAAGUUUGAUGCAACAAAUGUGGUUCAAAGACCAGUGGUUUGUGGUAUAUCAUCUCUUGGGUAUGAUCAUAUGGAAAUUCUUGGUAACACUCUUGGAAAAAUUUCUGGAGAGAAGGCUGGUAUAUUCAAGCAAGGUGUUCCAGCCUUUACUGUGCCCCAGCUGGAUGAAGCGAUGCAUGUCCUUAAGGAGAAGGCUUCUGAAUUGAAUGUCCCUCUUCAAGUUGUUUCCCCUUUGGACAAGUCCCUGCUUCUUGGCCUUCACGGUGACCACCAAUAUAUAAAUGCUGCCCUUUCUGUUGCUUUAUGUUCUACAUGGCUUCAGAGGACUGGCCACACUGAUAAUGGCUAUCUUGAACAAACUAGAUAUCUUCCAGAACCAUUCCUUAAAGGGAUUUUGACAGCUGGUUUGCAAGGGCGGGCUCAAAUAGUUCCAGACCCAAUCAUUGAAUCUGAAAGGCCUGGAGACCUGAUGUUUUAUCUGGAUGGAGCUCAUAGUCCAGAAAGUAUGGAAGUAUGUGCAAAGUGGUUUUCUAUUGCCAUGAAAGAAGAAAAUAAUAAGAACCUGAGAAGAAAAUCUCAAAAGAAAUCAGACCAGAUCUUGUUGUUCAAUUGUAUGUCGGUGAGGGAUCCUGUUUUGCUCCUUCCACCCUUGAUGAAAACUUGUGUGGGGCACGGUGUCCAUUUUGAGAAAGCUCUGUUCGUUCCAAAUACAUCAUUGUAUAACAAGGUUGGGAAUAGUGUCCUUCCCUCAAAUGCUCAUCAGGUCGACCUGUCAUGGCAGUUGAAUCUCCAAAGAACCUGGGAGAACCUUCGUCAUGGCGAAAGAGGAAGGGAUUCCAUAAAAGCAGACAUCCUGAAAGCCAAAGAUAAUGGAGAAGCAUGUUGUUAUAAAAGCAGUACAGUUUUACCUUCCCUUCCCAUAGCUAUGAAAUGGUUGAGAGAAAAGGUUCGCCAAAAUGAAUCUACUCGCUUGCAGGUGCUUGUGACUGGAUCUUUACAUCUUGUGGGUGAUGUACUGAGAUUGAUCAAGAAAUGAAUUUGCUCCAAUUUGGUCUUGCAACUAGCAGUAGUAACUGCCAAUUCAUUGCAAGUAAAUACCAAUUACUUUCUCAUAUUAUUUAUUGUUACCUUAGAGGCUGCUGCUGGCUACCUCUAUCCUCUCACUUUCUGGGUAUUUUUGUUAGUUUUAAA